AUGUCCGUGUACAAGUUUGCUAUCGACUAUUGCUACAAUGGACCCGUAAAUAAGAUUACUACUUUAGUUGACUCUGUUAUGACGUUUGUGAGCCCACAGGAAGGAGAAAGUUCUACCUCUACUAUUUGUGCUAAAGAUAAGACUAGAGUCGACACUUCUGCAAAAGAAGAACAAAUUCAAGACCAAUUUGAAGUUGUGAAUGCAGAAGACUAUGCCCUGGCAACUGAGACUAUUACCACGGCACCUCCUUCGUCUGCCGGUUCAAGUUCUAAGAGAAAAUAUAGGAAAAAGAAAAAGAACAGGAAGAGAAGACAUGGCAAAAUAUAUGCUUCCAUCCUGCCAGUGCCAUUUCCAAAGUCUGGUGAAGAAAGCAUUUUUGAAGCCGUCCAGGAAGAUUCAACGGAAGAACCAACUGAAGAGGAGCUUGCCUCCUUAGAAGGACUGAGCUUUUUUGAAAAGCAGAAAGCCGCAUUCGAUAGCUUCAACAAACUUCUGGUUCUUUCCAAAACAAUUGAAGAUUCGGAGUGGUUAGACAAAGAAGAUAUAAUACAUCCCAAGAGCGGUAUGCCAAGGGACAUCUUCCAGGCCAUGAAAUUAGGGGAAAGUCCAUUUCAGAUGCCCCCUCAGCCUUUGGUACAAGAUGUUAAAGCAAUAGGGUUGCAACCCCCGCUUCAGACAAUCGAACAAGCAGUAGCAGAUGCUGCUGCUUCCGAACCAAAGCCAACAAAAGAGGCAGCCAAAGAAAGCAAGAUGGCGUUGUUGCGAGAGAUUUUGCCAACAAGCUUCUUUGAAACCCCCAGACGAGAGUUCCAAUACAGAAAGACAUCGAAGAUGGAAGAGAUUUUUCAAUCUAUGGAACUUGGUGGAAGAACAAACCCACCUCGUUAUUUGAUUCAACAAAAUGGAAGG